UCCCACAACGCGCAGACAACACAACAGUAUGGAUCCGCCGAAAGAGUCGAAGCGGGCUCUGGAGAAGGCUAGGAAGAAGGCCGAAAAGGCUGUGAAGAAGGCCGAAUUCGCUCUCCGACCCAAGGAACCCUCCGCUGCGACAACUUCCACCUCGACCUCGAGCUCCAAAGCCCCCGCCAACGUCUUCGAGGAAGGAUGGCUCGCCCGCGUCUACAAAGAGAAGCCUUCCGAUACCCCCGUGCGGACCCGAUUCCCUCCUGAGCCCAAUGGCUUCCUUCACAUCGGCCACGCCAAAGCCAUUGCUGUCAAUUUCGGCUUUGCAAAGGCCCACAAUGGUGUAUGCUUCCUCCGCUACGACGAUACGAACCCGGCCAAGGAGGACGAGAUAUUCUUCACAUCCAUCCGAGAGAUUAUUCAAUGGCUGGGCUUUAAGCCGUACAAGAUCACAUACAGCAGCGACCACUUCGACCGCCUCUACGAACUCGCUGAAGAGCUGAUUCGCCGGGAUAAGGCCUACGUCUGCCAUUGUUCAAGAGAAGAAGUGAACCUCCAGCGCGGCGGUCCCGACAACCGCGGUCCUCGUUAUGCCUGUAAACACCGCGAACGACCGAUCGAAGAGUCCUUGACCGAGUUCCGGGCCAUGAAAGAUGGCAACUACGCGCCUGGCGAGGCAUACCUCCGCAUGAAGCAAAGCUUGACGGAUCCCAAUGAAGGAAACCCUCAGAUGUGGGACCUGCCAGCAUACCGCGUCGUGGAAAAGAACCACCACCAUCGCACCGGUUUGAAGUGGAAGAUCUACCCUACUUAUGACUUCACACAUUGCCUGUGCGAUUCCUUCGAGGAAAUAUCGCACUCAAUGUGCACUACAGAAUUCCAGCAGUCCAGAGUUUCAUAUGACUGGCUUCUGGAGGCUCUUGAUUUCAAGGUGCCAAAAUCGGAGGAGAAAGGACCAAUGCAGCGCGAAUACGGUCGUCUGAAUGUCACUGGCACCAUUCUCUCCAAACGCCGAAUCCAGAUGCUCGUCGAAGGAGUUACGGUCGAGAAGAAGAACAGCGAUGGCACAGUGGAGAAGAAGGUCAUCCCACCAAGUGUUCGAGGUUGGGAUGAUCCCCGUUUGUACACACUCGUUGCUUUACGCCGCCGCGGUAUUCCUGCCCAGGCCCUACUCAAUUUCGUCGAGGGGCUCGGCGUGACAGACGCCCUCACGGAAAUCCAGACUACCAGGCUGGAAUCUUCCAUCCGAUCAUACCUUGAGCGCAGCGUGCCACGGCUAGCUCUCAUACUCGAUCCAAUCAAGGUAAUCAUCGAAGACGCCACCGAGGCUGAUGAACAGGAGUUGACAGUCCCCUACGACCCGAAACGUAUCAUCCCCGGCGAACGCCAGGUCAAAUUUACCCGCGAAGUUUAUAUCGACAGCAGCGACUUCAGAGAAGAAGAUAGCCCAGAGUACUUCCGACUAGCUCCGAACAAGACGGUUGGCUUGCUCAAUGUUCCUUUCGCAGUCCGUGCGGUCUCGUUCUCCAAGGAUUCCAGCGGUCAUGUUUCCGAGAUCCGCGCGGUCAAAUCGGAGGAUAAACCGAAGACUUAUAUCCAUUGGGUCGACGUCUCAUCCGCUGUCAAGGUUAUUGCGCGCCAGUACCACUCAUUGUUCAAGACUGACUCGCCUAACACCCUCGACUGGAAGGAAGGCGGUUGGGCAGACGAUCUCAACCCGAACAGCGAGAUUAUUUUUAAGAAUGCAGUGAUCGAGAAAGGGUUGAAUGACCUCGUCAAGCUGCAUUCUGUCAAUCCGAGCCGUGCUUCUGACGAUCUCGUCCGGUUCCAGGCCCUUCGGACAGGCUACUUCUGCAUCGAUCCCGAGAAGGAAGAUGAUAACAUUGUUCUCAACCAAAUAGUUAGCUUAAGGGAAGACAAGUCGAAAUGA